UCCGGAGCCAGGCCGGCGGAGCGCCCCUGAGACGUCAGGAUAGUCCCGAGAGCCCGAGGGCGAAUGUUGGUUCUCCUGUACGAAAUAUUGUUGGUGCUCUUCAGGUACGUUUAAAUGGACUUAUGGAGGAAUAUGGUGCUCAUGCUGAGUCUCCUAUAAUUCUACGGUUCAAAGCUAUCCCAAACAAAUUAUGGUGGAUGGCCAAAGGCCAACAGGUCCCAGAUUAUACUUCACUCGAAACUGCUAACAAAUCUAUUAACGAUUGGCUUGGUAAUCCUCAAGCUCAGGCCCUGCUACACAACCUGAGAAACCUAUUUCUCGUCGUUACGCUUUUUCUCAAAUUGACAAAGAUAGAAUUAGUUCACAAGAGCGUGUUGAAAUGGCUAAAAUUGGAUAGCCCGGAGCCAGGAGCACCGUCGCUCUCAAUCUAUUAUAAGAAGCACCCGAUGGUGGGUUUAAAAGCCAUCCUUAAGGAUAUUCCUGUUUUGAAUCUUAAUAAGGGCCAAAUGGUCAAUAACAUAAACAACAGUUGGGAACAACAUUCCUGUGCGGUACCAGGAUGCCUGACCAGUAGAGUGAGUCUUUUAGGUGUUCCUAGCCGCCGCUGCUCAUCUAGACGAUUGUUAAAGUGUCGGGACGCCAGGAGAUUUAGCCACUGCAGUCAGGAAUUCCCGGACUUGAUCAGG